AUGAGACAGAUUAAAGACUUUAUGGUCAAUUAAAAUGAAGCAUUGGGUGCAGGCGCCUAUGGAACUGCUCACAAAUGUUAUAGAAUAGGUAAUAAGGAUGAGUUAUUUUGCAUGAAAAUAAUCAAAAAAUCCAUAAAUACCGACCAAAAAAAAGAAUUAAGUUAGAAGAGAUAGCUGGAAGCAGAAAUAAAAACAUUCUAAAGUUUAAAAGAUGCAAAUUGUGAGAAUUUGGUGAAAAUGAUUGAUAUUAUUGAUGAAGAUAGUAGAUUGUGUAUUGUAAUGGAAUUAUGCGAUUUGGAUUUGGACAAGUUGCUCAGAUAAUUUCAUUAUAUGAAUACCUGGCCCUCGAUAAUCGAAAUGGAAGAUAUGAUGAAAUAAAUACUUAAAGGUGCCUAAGUUUUAAUUGAUAACCACAUUAUACAUAGAGACAUCAAGCCCUAAAAUAUUCUAGUUAAAAUACUUAACAAAGGGUAACCAACAGAGAGGAAAAUUUAUAAAAUAGCUGAUUUCGGUUUUACUAAAUAUUUAGACGAUAUCUACGCUAAAGCUAAUCUAACAAGAGUUGGCACUCGUUCAUAUUGUGCACCUGAAAUUUUGAAAGGAUAGAAUUUUUCUUCCAAGUGUGAUAUAUACUCCUACGGGAUUGUUUUUCAUCAAAUAGCUUAUAAGUUCAGUUUUCCAAGUCAUUAUGAUAACUAGUAACAAUUACAUGAGUUUCAUGAAUCAAUUAGUAAAAGUCCAUAUAAAUGUGCUGACUUAAAAGGUGGUUAAAUGAUUAUGGAUUUAAUUGAAAAGAUGCUAAUUUUUGAUUAGGAUAAACGAAUCUAAUUUGAAGAUCUAUGGGCUCAUAGCGUUAUGAAAACUCCUAAUCGAAUACUAAAGGAUUCUAUCUUUGUACGCCUUGAUAGAAGUGUGUAGGAAGAGGAUUAUAAAUAAUAAAUUGUGAAGAAUGAGGCAGAAAAACUUAAAAGAUUAAAUUUAUUAACUGAUAUUUUUUAUCGUAAAUUCUUGCUUUGUAAGCACGUCGCUGACUUUAUGAAAAAUACAUUAAUAGUCAAGCAAAUUGAUCAUUUGAUUUUCUAAUAGUUUAUAUCAUUAAUUGGGUUGUACUAAAUUAAUUAUGGAUUUGCAAUGUUGAACUGCCUUAUAAGCGAUUUUGAACCAACAAUUCUACUUGACAAUGAUGUGCCAUAACUAAUUGAACUGUUAAAUUAUUUUAUGGUGAAAUCUCAAGAAAACAAGGAGUAUGUGGGGUUGUAAAAUAGGUUAACCAAAGAUUAUUAUUAAGCCAUAAUAACAUACAAACAAGACUUAAAUACGUUACUUAAAGAAAAAAUAGAAUCGAAAAAUUGGAAAUAAUAUGAAGUUGUAUUCAAGUAGCUUUAACAAUCUCAAACCAGAAAAAUACCGAUUGAAAAAUGUUAUUAAGUGAUAUAAUAUUUGAAGGAGUAAGACAAAAUAAAAGAAUUUAUAAGUAAAUGCAAAAACCAGCCCGGCAUUGGUAUUGCUUAAAGCUUGCAAACAAUAAUGGAACUUGACACCAAAUUCAAUAUAACAUAUUACAGAGAUAUAAAUCCUGAUGACAUUUUUAAAAUAUGA